AUGACAACACGGUUGGAGCGGAUGUAUUUGAUGAACGUCGUACUUUACCUCCCCACAACGGAGUGCGUCUACACGUUUUUCCUUAUCAGUCGGACGUGUGGGGAGGCAGUAACUUCGCUCAAAACGAAUCCAUACGCCAUCUCGGAGGAUUUGUGUUAUGAAUUAAAACUCUUCAGCGGUCUCGAGACCAUCCACGCAGACGUCAACCAACUCAAGGAAAUGGAAAGCGCUGAUCUUUCGAGAAUACAUUUAUUCGAUCUGACCGGGGGAUUUGUCCGAUUUAAAGACUGCCAAAGCUUGCGAAAUAAAGUAGUCAAAAUCUCGAAGGAAAUCAGGUUCAAGGAAAAGGUGCAGUUUUCGAAGAUGUGUAACUUAAGAACACUAAAAGUAUCAAUGGAACAACAAUUAGAAAAUAUGAAAUUCUGGAAAAGCUUGAAUACGCUUCCCAAGUUGAACACACUCAUACUUGGAAUCAUAGGGUUGGACGUGAAAGACUUGAUGGAGUCGUUUAAAGCACUCACAAACAGUAAGUUGAAAAUUAUAUUGAAAAUCCAUCAUGGGAAGGAAAACGAUGUACAGAUGAUACUCCAAAAAUUUCCACAAUUCAAAGUGUGUUGUAUCGAAAAUGAGUUGAGCGAAUCGGUAGUCAAGCAAAAUGCCAUUUUAAUGCCAAAUAAAGAUGGAGCUCUUUUUGUGUCGCAAGACUUGUUGUUUAGCCAAAACUUUUCGAGUGUGAUGAAACAGUAUAACACCUUUUCGUUGGUUGUGGAGAACGAUAAAAGGGUGUUACAAUACAAAUCUGCUCGACUUAAUAUCGAAAACAAUUUGUGUUUGACUGACUUGUGUUUGAAAAAUGUUAUGACAACGAAACCCGUCUCGUUGAUCCUCCCAACUUCAUUGACUGCACUCACCGUGGACUCUUGCACUGCAUUUACGUCGCUUCAGAAUGUGAGGAAAAUCGGAUUGAAAGAGCUUUGUUUAGUCAACGUCUUGACAGCACUACCAAACUCACUAACUGCUUUGACUCUCUGCAAAAUUGGUGAUAACUACCCACCUUCCAUUAAAGCCAAUUUGAAAAAAAUUGUGCUCCACCAAUGUAAUUUUUGUGACCUUGAAUUUCCAAAAACAGUGGAAAUAGUCGAGGUGGAGCAGUGUGCCCUCAUUUCUAUUAAACUCGACAACAUAAAGAAGUUGGAUAUAAUCAGGUGUACACAACUUUCGCAACUCUCAGUGAAUAGCGUCGAUAGUUUAUUCAUUCAUUCGUGCCACUUGCUCACAGCGUUGAUGGUGAAAGAAGUUAGGACGGAUGCUCGUUUUGUUGGUUGUAAGUUUUCAAAAGAAAUUAAUGUAGACAACGUUCGGAGACUUCAGAUGGAAUACACCGUUGCUCCAUUGCCAGACAAUUUCCCAAAUUUACAAGAACUCACAUCAAUCAGGUCGACGUCGGUUGUAUACUCAAAUAUGGAAAGUCUCACAAAAUUGGUUGCAGACAAAACUAAAGCUUUACCAAAUAAUUUGGUCGAUUUGACCGUCUCAAACUGUUUGAGUUUGGCGAAACUGUCCUACCCCAAAACGCUCAGAAAAAUGGAGUUUUCUUUCUGCAACGAUUUAAGUGUUGUGGAUGAUGUUCCAGAACAAAUCACAUCGUUGGACAUUUCGAAUUGCCCAUCUUUGCACAGAAUCGCGGCGAUAGGCUCAAAAAUCAAACACCUCGGAAUCACAGACUGCGAACAGUUGCAUGAGUUGGUUGUUCCAAACAGUUUGAACGACAUCACUUUGAUGCUGUGCGAAAACCUAACCAGAAUUGAAAAUCUGGAACACACACAACUCUCGGCCGAGACACGAUCGGCCCUCAUUUCAAGUUAUUCAUAA